AUGAAGCUCCGCAGCAAGGCGGCGGCGCUGCUCCUGCUCGCGCUGGCCGCGCUGCUGCUGGCGCUGCUGUCCCUGCGCGCUGGCCGCGCUGAGCCCCCAGCGCCUCCCGCACGCCCCGCGUCCGCCCCGCAGCGCCACCCCGCGCCGGUCCCCGCGCGCUGGCCGGCACCGGGCGCCCUCCCCGUGGCCAGCCCGGGAGUUCGGAGGCGCCGGCCCCAGCGUCCGCGCCCCCGAGCGGGCCGCCGGGGCGCUGCGAGACUGGAGAAGUUGGCGAGAAGGCCUGGAGAACCCAGGAGUUUCCAAGCUGUGCUGCCACCCGAGCUCUGGAUCCACCUGGCUGUGGUGGCCUGUGGCAAUCGGCUGGAGGAGACGCUGGUCAUGCUCAAAUCAGCUGUGCUCUUUAGCCACAGGAAGAUCCAAUUUCACAUCUUCACUGAAGACUCUCUGAAGCCCGAGUUUGAUAAGCAGUUGCGCCAGUGGCCUGACUCGUAUACAAAGAAGUUUGAGCACAGAAUCUACCCCAUCACAUUUUCUGUUGGAAACCCUCAGGAGUGGAAGAAAUUGUUCAAACCCUGUGCUGCCCAGAGACUCUUUCUUCCGGUGAUUUUAAAGGAUGUGGACUCACUUCUCUACGUGGACACCGAUGUUCUCUUUCUGAGACCUGUCGAUGACAUCUGGAAGCUUCUGAGGCUGUUUAAUUCCACCCAGCUUGCAGCCAUGGCCCCUGAGCACGAAAUCCCCAAGAUUGGCUGGUACAGCCGCUUUGCAAGGCAUCCUUUCUAUGGCUCUGCAGGAGUUAAUUCAGGAGUCAUGUUAAUGAAUUUAACUCGGAUAAGAAGUACCCAGUUCAAGAACAGCAUGAUUCCAACAGGCCUGGCUUGGGAGGACAUGUUGUACCCUCUGUACCAGAAGUACAAGAAUGCCAUCACGUGGGGAGACCAGGAUUUAUUAAAUAUUAUUUUUUAUUUCAAUCCAGAGUGUCUCUAUGUAUUCCCCUGCCAGUGGAACUACCGUCCCGAUCACUGCAUGUAUGGAAGCAACUGCAGAGAGGCUGAGCAUGAAGGCGUGUCUGUUCUGCAUGGAAACCGAGGCGUCUACCAUGAUGAUAAGCAACCGACAUUCAAAGCACUCUAUGAAGCAAUACGGGAUUUUCCCUUUCAAGACAAUCUCUUUCAAUCCAUGUAUUACCCCCUUCAGCUGAAGUUUUUGGAGACUGUGCACACUUUAUGUGGACGGAUCCCGCAAGUUUUUCUGAAGCAAAUUGAGAAAACAAUGAAAAGGGCUUAUGAGAAACACGUCAUCAUCCAUGUUGGCCCCAACCAGAUGCACUGAAUAUUUUGUCUUGUUGCAAGUCAAUUCGGUGUCUUGUGACCAAGGAAAUAUUAAUCUCUAAGCUGCCUGGGUCUUUUUGUGUGAAUAUUUAAUGGUGCUCCAUGACUGUUGAGUUUUAAAAACCUCGUUAAAUUUUGCCAAAUCAGUUGCCCCCAAAAGAGAAUAUGCUUUUCCUUAUUUUUUUUCUAAAAUUCUAUUUAUCUCUAAGAAAAAAAAAAAAAAGACUAUUAUGCAUUUAACAUUGUUUAAGCAGGUUGAACUAGCUGUGAAAAUAGCUUUUGUGAGCCUUCCAAUUCCUAAAUGUCUGAGACCAUUUCAGUGGCACCUGAGGUGUUAUACUGAUCUAGCAUUCCUGAGACUCUUUCUAUGCAACUGACUCCCCCACACCCGUGUUAUAAAAGUAAUACACACUUGUGAAACAGACAGACACACUUGUAGAGCGUAUGGAUCAAGGGC